AUGCGGACUUACUGCACUUCUUUUUCUAAACGAAUUUUCUUUUCUAUUUUAGAACACGUGAAUUUACUGUUUGUUGGUGAUGUUUCCUUUUCCGUGCCCUUGAAAUAUUACGUGGAACAUGGAUAUCACAGUUAUAAUGACUCCUUCAAUGAAGUGGCAAAGUAUGUAAGGAACGCUGAUAUUUCAGUAGCCAAUUUGGAAUCUCCCUUUGUUAGCAAAGACAUGUAUCGCUACAAGUUAAAGGGAAAGAGUGUCGUGUUAGAUGCAAGUUCAGAUGCCGCAUCAGCUUUAAGGUGAAACAAUUUAUGUGAGUCUGUAAGUUAAGACACAAAUUUAAAAAGGCUCCAAGGACAUUUAAUUUUAAACAUAUCCAUAAUACAAAACUCAGUUUCUUGUUAGUCAAAGAUUAAAUGUGACUCUAUGAAAGUUUUCCUGUGGUAUGUAAGAUGAAUUCCUUUGUUUUCGCUGGCCAGUCAUAUAUCAAGAACAAAUUAAAGAUGAGGCUCCUUGCUCCACUCGCUUUUCAGUUACGAACACUUAAUACAUUUUUAACUACUGAAUAAUUAAGGUUUUUGUGAUAUCCUGAACUACCGUCAAGGUCGAGUUAAGAGUUGUGCUAUCUGCUAAGGUUCAAGGAUAUCCAAAAACCGAAUCUAAUAUAUAUACUUUUUUAGAAAAAUUAAAUUAAAUUGUUUUUACUACCGCGCGAGCGAGCCUUGAAGCGAGCGAGCAAGGCAGCAGACCUAAUCCUCACAGGGACGACCACAACGGACAAAAAUUUUCGAAUUCUACCCACGAUGUAUCUGGAUUUGUUUAACCACAAUGAAAGGGACUUGUACCACAAUUCCUUACACGCCCAUUGCCUUUACAUACCGAGCUCCGCUGGCAUUGUCGGUUACUUGAAGUUCGUUGAGGUUAGUUGAAAUCCUAAUGUGUCUUUGGGGUGAAUUUCUCUUUUUACCACGUGAUGUUGUCAUAAAGCGUUUGAUGAUCGUUAAAGCGGCUUGCGGUAAUUGGUUAAAUCUUUUCUUCAGCCGUAUAGUAAAAUAUCUGCAGAGAGAGAAAUGGUCAAACUUGUGAAGGAAACGUAAAUGCAACGCUUAAGUCCAGUAGGAAAUUUCUUUUGAUUGAAAAUUGUCCUAAUUUUAUUGCCUUUUUUAAACUGUUUUGCUUUCCUUUUCAAAAAACGAAACUCAUACUUCACAUUAAAACCAAGUCUACUGUAUUGCAACCACCAUGUCCGAUAUGACCAAGAAAAAUACGUUACACAAAAUGAAAGAGCGAUAUUGCGCACGCCCCGACUCGGACAUCCACUGCGAAAACUGUGACAACCGAUUUUCAAAACACUUGUUUUUUGGCUGACACCAAGGGAUCGUUCUUUUACUUACUAGGUACACUAUUAUAACUAAAAACACACCAUUGCAGGGAACAUAAUUUGACAUAGCUCUGAACGCAACCUAUUGAUUAGUCAGUGAUCUACUGCAUAUAACAAAUUUAAUCUGUCACUUGCACUUAUAUCCAGAAUUAACUGCAAGCUCUUAGCCUUUGAGAAGACAGAUAGUGAGUACAAAGUUUAACAAUAAUAAUAAUAAUAAUAAUAAUAACAAUAAUAAUAAUAAUAAUGAUAACAAUAAUAAUAAUAAUAAUAACGAUAAUAAUAAUAAUAAUAAUUAUAGAUGUGGCAAUUCCAGAUGAUGGACGUGUGGGAGAAACGGAAGAUGAGAAAGUUGAAAAGUAUCAAGAUCUUGCAAGAGCCUUUCGAAAAAUGUGGGAUGUAAGGAAAAAGGUGAAUUCGGUCUUAAUUUGGGGCAUUAGGAACAGUACCAAUAAUGAGUUUGAAAAACAAGCUGGGCCGGGUUGUUCGAAGCACGGAUAAGAGAAGCAAGGGUCACUGCGCAAAUUGAAUUCAGAUAUGAAAUUUUUAAAAACAAAAUAAUUCAGUUUUAAUACCUUUUGUCUACAAUGCAAUGAUUUGAUGCUCUAUAAAGAACAGAGAAAAUUAUCCAAGAAAAUGCUAAUAAAUAAAUAAAUAAAUAAAUAAAUAAAUAAAUAAGGAUUUCAGAGGUCGAAUUAAGGAUUCCUGGUCGAAUUAGACUUAUAUUUGAACAGAAGAAUAAGAAACCCAGAUUAAAAUUUAAUCUCGCGUUAGCGCUAAUCGACCUUCGAACAACUAGAUCCUAGAUGGUUAUUGGCGUGGAAAUCUCUGUGGAAAUGAUCCAGAAAUGUGCAAUUAGUGUCGGGGUCAGCAAAAAUCUUAAGAAAGAUACUUGAGAUGUAGGGAGAGGAAAGAAGAGAGAUUGUGUUCUUUGGCUUCCCUGGACAACUUGUUGUUACCCGGAGCCAGAGAAGAAACCAGCUGCAUGUAACAUCACCAGCAGUGCAAAAUUUCAACAACAACAACAAUAAUAAUAAUAAUAAUAAUAAUAAUAAUAAUAAUAAUAAUGAUGAUGACGAUGAUAAUGAUAAUGCUCUUGUGCAGGGAUCAAGGGAUGAAGAGAACUGCUGUGCGGGACUGCAUAAUGGUUAUAGGUGAUUAGUGCUUCACGAAGGUUUAUUUUUUUAGCUGGUAUACGUAUGGAUUAAAUACUUCAUUUCGUAUAAGACCAUGUACUUGCAACUGAGACAUACCUACUUCUGUUUUUAUUAGGUUUGCUGGAUUUGACGUGGUUACACUUGCUAACAAUCAUUUCAACGACUUUGGCACAAAAGGGGCCAACUUCACCGUUGAAGUUCUGAAGAAGACAGGCGUAAAAUAUUUUGGUGUCAGUUAUGGAAAGUAUGACACAUCCCAGGUCAGUAUUACAUGCAGUGACACUCAGCAACGAUUUAAACCAGAUCUACUCCCAAUAAAUGUAUCAUACCAUUUCUAUGUCUUACUUGGGAGAGUUUUUCCGUUGUUCUCAAAGAAGUGUUUCUUCGAGGGAAAAGACACAUCGAUACGUAAACGACAGUUUCACUUCUUCUGGUUCUUUACCACGAGAUAUGUGGCAUGCUCACCUUGAUCUCUUUCAGUUUGGAUGGGCAUCCCCCAAAGUAUAAUAGCUGCCUAGUUUUCAGCCUUCUGGUGUAGAAGUCUCUUAUUUCCUUUGCCUUCACCUUAAUCCUAUCAUUAUCAUUACUAUUUUUAUUAUUAUCGUCAUCAUUAUUAUAGUAAUAAUGAUAAUAAUAAUAAUUACCAUUAUUAUUAUUAUUAUUAUUGUUAUUAUUAUUAUAUCUUGCCUUCUUCUAUUGCAGAAACCUCUUAUCUUGGAGGUAAAAGGAAUAAAGAUUGGAUUCCUUGGCUAUUGCGACACGUCCUCCAUGAUGGGUUUAAACUGCACUGAAAUAAGAAAGCUAUUUAAUGCUGGCCCUGCUGUUUAUAGCGACGUCAUUGCCACCAGAGAUGUCAGCAAUUUGAAAAAGGUUUUCACAUCACUUUUUUAUAAACUGCUGUAAAAGUCCACCGUUUUGGAGUGUCAUUUAAUCGCCAAACAAAAUCGCGAUGAAAUUUAGCGCAGUACAGACUAUAAGAUACCAAGCUCAAAGCGACACUCGGUGUUUGGUACUUUUGGUAAUAGACUCGUUUUUUAAAUUCUUGACUGGGACAAGUGCUAAAAAAUCCGGUAACACGGCGGGAAAGAACGCAUUAAAACCAGUAAAAGUUGCCAAGUUUAAAAGUGAUUUGUUGAAAACUAACUAAGUCUCAGAAUUUUACAGACGUAUGUAUAGUGGAGUGAUAUCUUCUCUCGUUUUUUAGACGUAUCAAGCGUGAUAAAUUUCCUAAUUUUAAGGUGCUCUUCCCCUCAGUGAAGAUGCUUGUAUAUUCGCGAACUAUUUUUUAUCAAAACUAAAAAAAGAACAUGGAAGGAUGAUUCUCUCGGCCUCAUUAUAACUUUAGAGAGGCGCGGUGACUAAGCGGUUUGUACUUUGGUCUCCGUAUCAGAAGGUUCCAUUCCAGGCCCUGCCAGGGCUGACUUGCACCUAGUCGUCUCUUAUUAUCUGCAAGCGGUCAAAGAACGGUCGCGAGAGAUUAUUACGGCAACUGGUGCGAAGGGGACGAUGGGAAGGGGAAAAGGGAAAGGAAGAGACUCCCCUUUGACGUUCCCAUCAUCCCCCGCACUUCCUUGACCGCUGAUCUCUCGUCAAUAUUAAUAGGAGACUGAGAGACGACUCGGGACGAGUCAGCUGGCAGGGCCAGGUUUGUUUGCUUUUUUCAUAAUUCUUACAAAGUUAUCCUAAAUGUGUUUUAUUUUUCACUCUAAAGAUUUUUAUAAUGCUAAAAGACUGAUGUAGCUGCUGUUUAAUAUCAUUGAAAAGGCUAAAGUGGAGGUCAUUGUAGUUUUCAUGCACUUCGGAGAAGAACUUUAUCGAAAUGCUCUCCCGUAUCAGCUUCAUAUAAUAGAACAUCUUAUGUCCCUUGGCGUGCAAGUCAUCAUUGGGGCGCAUCCACACGUGCUUCAGCAACACUGUCUCCAUGACAACAAGCUGGUGGCCUAUAGUUUGGGGAAUUUCUUGUUCCAUCCGAGAAGACCAAUAAGCGGAGUCAACCCGGUAAUACAUGACACUUGCCAGAAAAAUGUUCAAGAAAAUUCAUCUAUCUGACCAUGUCUAGUACAUUAUAAACCUCUUAAGUUAUUUGCCUAGUCUCUAGGCCGCAUUAUUCGGCGCGGCCAAUGUGUUUACCGGUCACGUGGUCCGAGCGAGUCCCGCCUGUUCAUCUAGGAUACGUCACCGAAAUGCAUCAACCGAGAAAGCCUGGGAAGACGCUGCACAGGGACCAGGCAAUCAAGUUAUGUCGAUAGUGAAAUAUAUUACAUUAUCAAAAACAAAUAGGGAAUCGAAAAUGAAUGAUGAAACCGGGACCGCUUUGUUUGCUUUUAUUUAUUUUUUAUUGACUUGUUAUUAUUUUUUCCUGGUAAUGAAGGGGAAAGGUAUAAUUUAAUUGUAGGUAUUGUGAUACGUUUUAAGCGAUCUUCCUCUCAGUUAUGCGAAAAAGAUAAAUUGAUUCAGAUCUUUCUCGUGAUACUUUGACAAAUGGGAAGAGGAAACAAGCGGAAAUAGAACAAGAGACCUUUAACCCUUUUUUCAUUUAUUCAUUCACUUAUCAGUUUAUUUCUUCAUUGCAGUAUUUAUUAUUUAUUUAUUUACAGGCUGUAUAUGGAAGAUUUGGCAAGAAACCAGAUAAAAACUUAAUAGAUUCAUACGAACACUUUUUUCUUGGAAACUGUAACAACUUGAAAAUGUCUCAGAUGCUAAAAGUUACCUUGUGCAGGUAAGAAGAAAAACUAAAAUCUGUAACGAGCGAGAAUUUUCAAACGCUAUUUGGGUCUUGGGUAAUCUAUCAUCUUUACAAUUUUAUUUCACGACACAUGCCUGCUCUUUGAAUGCCCGUUAUAGCUCUCAGUCAAAAGAGACGCUUGCUACAAAAAUUAUGAGCUACAGCAUAACAAUUCUAGAGAUGAAACUGAUAUCAUAAGGAAAUAAGCUAGAAAGCCAAUUUUGAGGUGGCUGACAAAAAAAUAAGAUUUUAUGGGACAGAAUCUCUGCAAAAAAAUGCUGGGGGUUUGUUCGCCAAUAAUUGGUGGACCCCAAGGCGUGCGGUCCAUCGCUUAUUUUCCUGAGUUUAUUUUGACAUUUGAGUCGUUCUGUUUCUUUCAGAAAUGGAGUUUUAGGAGCUUCGUAUCUACCUGUAAAAAUCGUAUUUGACCCCAAAACUAAACGACUUCACCCAAAGCCGACAAAGGACGCCAAAUGGAUAAGAGUUUGCGGAAAGAAGGACAAGCAGUGUGAAAAAAAUUGCAAAGAUCCAAGAGAAAAGAAAAAUUAA